GUGAUAUUUUACGAUAACGGGGAGAGUGAGAGUGAGGGUUGGAGGGACAAACGAAUACACUGAUAUACUCUUCAAAAUCUCGUUCAGUCUUCAGUCUCGCUGGUGCACGUGCAAAGGGAAUAGAUGGUUUCAUCGCGAUGUAUUAAAAAAAAAAUGCUUAUCUCGUCGCUUGAACAUGUCGUAAGUACGUAAUACAUUUCUCAAGGAAUCUCCAAAAUAGUAUAAACAAGGCUACGUUCUAUUGCUUCGAGGUUCUUGAUUCCUCGCUGCCGAUCGCAUCCAGUCCAGGAGGUGCUCCUUGAGACGGUCGCAGGAAUCUUAAUAUCCCUGGAAAACACCAUGCAGAAAAGGAACGAGGAUGUUCUGGCGCAAGUCCUGAACCUGUUCCUUCUGCCAGAUUACAACGUCGUUUCGACAACCUACUUGGAUCACCUGCUCAGUCACAUUGCGGAGAACACAAAGGAAUGUGCCACAGUCGAUUAUGAAUACUGCGAGGUUUUUCAAAAGUGGAUACCGAAGGCUCUGGAGGUCUGGGAAUCUGGACAGAAUGUUUCCCAGCCCGUGAUUACAUUUACGCUGAAACUUGUGGGGAUUAUCUCCCGGCAUGAGCUGCGUUAUCAUUACUGGCAGUGCCAGGAUGUGUAUAACAGACUCUACAAGAUUCUGCAACUGCAGCGAGAUGACUUACCUGCAUCUAUUAAAAUGGCAUACACUACAAUGCUGUCAGACUUGAUUGCUCAUCGAAGCGGCAGGCAAUGGGUGAUAAAAUCUGGUGUGUGGAGGGACGUCGUAAAGUGCGCACAUUGGAAUCACACAAUGUAUGUUACAAGGGAGAGUCAGAAAUUCUUGUCGACGUUGCUGAUGUACGAGCAAAAGAACAUCGAGGCUUGUACAGAGAUCAUCCUGGCAGUUGCUGCUCCUUUAAUGAACAAUACUUCAGAUGCUCAGCUGCAUCAGGCGCUCGAGGAGACGUACCUGGAACAGAAUAGGCUGUUGUGUGCUACAUUGGACCUAUUGACCAGUAUUUUAGAGAACACGGUAUUUGCAAGUCUGGACAACAAUAUUCCCGAGCUGCUCGAGAGACUCGUGAACCUCGAGAUGCGGGUGAAAGCGCUAUUUGAGGCGUGCAUAAGCACCCGCUUUCUUCAGCAUGUGCACAAAUUGCUGCUGCUCUUGCUGUUUUUGAAACUAAAGCAAGGAAUCAAAAAACACACCAAUGUGAUCGAUGUCGAUGCAUGGCAAAAGUUCUGUUUUGAUAUGUGCUAUAUAUCUAUGAUGCUACUCUCAAAGAAGUAUAUAAUAGAGGUGGUAAGGAGUAACAAGUUCUCCAUGGUAUACUGGAAGAAACUGCUCGCAUUACAAGAGAUUGUUCCACCAGAGGAGCACAAGUUUGAACAUCAAGGUAUCGCUCUUAUGAUACUACCAUUGUGUGUGUGUAUAAAGAAGAAUCAUUUAAAUCAUGAUUUUUUCGAUAUGUUUGUUAAUAAACUUUUUGAUGUAACAUGUACCACUGUGCAAAGAUUAGCAUACAACAUGAGGGACAUCAUACGGAAGGGAGAUCUUCCAGUGGAGCAAAUUUGUAAAGUGUCUAUCGAUCUGCUGCUUGAAAUAUCAGAUAUAAUGGAUAGAGAUGUAGCAGUAAUCGCCUUUCAAGCUAUAUGCCACGUGUUGAAGAGUUACAUGCCAGACUUAUGUGGAGAAACGAAAAAUCAUGUAUCGUCGAAUAUGAACAACACCUCUCCUUCAGAACAUCAGCGAAAGUUUCACUACAAAUCGAUAUUAGGAGGUGAUCCUAUAGUCGACAAUCCUAUUUUACUGGCGUCACUGCUCGAUGGAUUAGCCAUUAUGACAGAGAAAUUUAAACUAAAGUGGCAGGAAUGUGUAGAAACGAUAUGUGUAUUAUCUCUAGCACAAGGAAUCCUCAAUCAUUCUGGAAUACAACCAAUGAUUUGCAUGAAGGCUUUGAAAUUGUGCAAGCUCGCCAUCCACAACUUUAUGCCGCCUAAUUUGGCGCUACUCGUGGAUUCGGACAGCCAUAUGAAUGGGAUAGGACCUAUGCUCUUCAAGAGGCUGCACGAUCCCAAUUGGGAAGUAAGAGACAGUGUUCUCGAGGUUCUCAACACCAUCGCGACGAUCUCCGAAUAUAAAUAUCCAGCGUUUCAAGAUUUCUUGUUGAUUAAUCAGUUUCCAAAGGUGGCGAUUGAAAUCGUCAAAACGGAUGGCGAAAGUUACGUACGAGCAUCGGCGUUGACAUUCAUCUCGACUAUCGUGCGCAUCAACAAACUAUGGGAGCAACAGUUGUCGCAAAUAGAUUUAACCGAAAUGGCGAUUUAUUUACUCGAGAACGAGAGCGAAGCGAUAGAGAAGGAGGCUGUGAAUCUGAUCAAAGAGUUAUACGUUCAUCAGAAGUGGUCGAAAGAAGUCAUCGAUUCGAUGUUGCAAGCGAUGUCCGUGGCGGCUGUCUUUGAUUUGCACUGGGAGGUGAAGACGAAUGCGUUGACGUUCUGGGAUCACUUCGUCAAGUCGCAUUUGACGGAUCAGGGAAUGCUCGACGAUUCCUUCCCGAACGUGACCUUCUCCAAGGAGCACAGGAAGAUUAUGGCGUUGAAUGAGACGGAAAUUAAGAGGAGGCUGAAUAAAGCAUUGGACGAGUUGGCAAGGCAAAGUUGCCUAGGUGUGCUCCUGGUGACCCUGAAGGACGAUAGCGACUUUGAGGUGUGCAAAGCGUCCGCUAUAAUAAUCGAGAAGCUGAAAUCUUGCCUGCUGAAGUAUAAACUGGACGAACCCUCGUCACCGGUGAAAAACAACGCGACGAUAGACACCGUUUAUAUGAAGGAGACACCGCUGGAACCCUCGUCUCCUUCCGACAAGGAAACGCGAAACGCCUCGCACGUCAUCGAAGAGAUCGUAGAUGCGAACGACACCAAUCUGCUGGUAGCCAUCUACAAAACCUCCAUGAACAUGGACGGCGAGGUGACGAAGGAGAAUGAAAAGAAGAUGCUGCAUUACAUCUCGUCUGUGACACGUCAAGAUUUUCUCCGCGCGAUCUUCAACUGCGACAUCAACGCUUACAUCGAAGAGAAGAACCGUUGGCUGAAGACGUACACCAGUAGCUUCGAAUCGAUUCUGGACGACAUACUGACAAUGUACAACCAGAAGGAUAUCAAUUCCAUGGACUGUUAUUAAUGUUAUAACGGGUGCCUUAAAGUGACGCCGACAUUCGACAUUUUUGAUUUGCAUUCCUCCUCUAUCUCUAUGUCUGAAGGAAUCGAUGAGUGUCGAAUGUCGAUUGUAUAUUAUAUAUAUAUAUAUAUAUAUAUAUAUAUAUAUAUAU